CGUGCGUGCGCGCUCCCGCGGCGCGUGGUGUGGGCUCGACCUCCAGUCGGCGCCGCUGCUGCAAGAUGGCUGCCCAGGAUGAGCUGAAUCAACUUGAGCGGGUUUUUAUGCGCCUUGGCCUUGCUGAAACAGAUGAGCAACUACAAAGCAUUAUCUCAAAGUUUCUUCCUCCGGUACUGCUGAAGCUGUCUAGUGUUCAGGAGGGAGUGCGUAAAAAAGUCAUGGAACUAUUGGUUCACCUCAACAAGCGUAUUAAGAGUCGACCCAAAAUACAAUUACCAGUGGAAACUCUCCUGGUUCAGUAUCAGGAUCCUGCAGCUGUUUCAUUUGUCACGAAUUUUACUAUAAUAUAUAUAAAGAUGGGAUAUCCUCGCUUACCCAUGGAGAAACAAUGUGAAUUAGCGCCUUCCCUGGUUACCGCAAUGGAAAGCAAGCCUCAGCUACAGCAAGACGGCCUAAUGCAGCUGCUGAUACCAACGUUGUAUCAUGUGAAAUAUCCAGCUGAAAAAGCAAAAGGAACAUCUGUUUUCAACUUGGGAGAGAAACCAGAAAUUGUUCAACAGUUAUUAGACUUCAUGUUGGACGUUUUGUUGAUGCCUUAUGGGUUUGUGUUGCGUGAGCCCCAAAGUCGGCCAAGUCAAGGUCAGCAGCAAGGUGUCAGUGGUGUUGGGCUUGCUCAGCCACCACCAGGCAUGAGUUCAUAUGGAGCUAAACGUGUCGUUGGUGAUAACCCUUGGACAGCUGAACAGUUGGAACAGUGCAAAUUAGGAAUUCUGAAGUUCAUCCAAUCAGAACAGAUCCCAGAAAAUGAAGCAAUUGUUCAUUUGGUGGUGGCAUCAAGUGAUACUCGGCACAGCGUGGCAACUGCUGCAGAUAUGGAGGUGAAAAGUUGCCAGGGUAUAAUUGACUGGAACAAUCAUAUUAUUGUCAAUAAACUCUACAAGAUUUACCUGGGGGACAUACCACUGAAAACAAAAGAGGGAGCUGCUUUAAAGCCUGAGCUAAAACGGGAGCCUGUUAGCACCAGAGUUAAACUGAAGAUUCUUCCUCAUUUGUUGCGGUCCAGGCAGGCAGCAGAGACAUUCCCAGCCAGUAUACAGGUGGUAUAUGAUGGGCUGUUUGGUGCAAAUACAAAUGCCAAGUUGAGAGGACAAAGCCUGCAAUUUGUACACCACAUAUGUUCAGUUUGUCCUGAUAACAAAAUAAAACCUUUGGGACCAAUGCUUCUAAAUGGGCUUACUAAGUUGAUCAAUGAAUACAAGGAGGAUCCAAAAACUCUUUCUUUGGCAUAUUCAGCAGUUGGAAAAGUGUCCAGUCGUUUACCACAACUUUUCACAAAAGAUUUAGCCCUGGUGCAGCAGUUUUUUGAAGCUAUGUGCAAGGAAGGUCCCGAUGUCCGGCUUUCCAUUCAGGAAGCAUUGGCUAUGAUGGUGGGAGCCUACUGUUCACUGCAAGGAGCUUCUCUUACGCUAAUGGAAGCUUUGGUUGCUGCAUAUCUGGAGAAGCCAGAAGUGCAAGUCCGGCAAGUUGCUGUGAAGUUUGCCAGUACAGUGUUUGCCUCCGACCAUAUACCAUCCAGAUACAUGUUGUUACUUGCUGCUGGAGACCCGAGAGAGGAAGUACAUGGGGAAGCAAAACGUGUUCUAAGAGCUCUACCAAAUCAAACAACGGAGAAGGAAAGCACCCCUACAAUCUUGCCACCAUUUCCUGAAAUGGUCCAUUAUAUACAGGACAAGGCUUCUCAAAGGAUAAAUAGUUCAGCAAAGUACACCACUGGAACCCGCGUCCUGCCAUUUAACCCAGCUACGUAUGCUGAGGUUAUCCUUUACCUGCGAAUGUGUCUAGCACACAGUGCAGGGGUGGUACCCACAUCUCGAAGUUUUGUUGACAUGCAAGAUCAAGCUCCAGCCAUUGGCUGUUAUGUCAGAAAUUUGGCUUCCAACACUUUCAUUUCACCAUCAUCCUCAAAGAAUGGUGAAACUGAUCCAGUGCAAGCAUACAUUGAUCUACUCGAACAAUUGUUAACAACCAUUGGAGGAUUGCCAGUGAUGUACUGUCUAUUGGAAAUAGUCUCUGUCUAUCCACAAAAAUUAGCUGCACAGUUCACAGAAAAAAUAGAUUGGAUUAAGAUAUUUAUGAGCACAAACAAAGAUGAGAUGCGUGAGCUGGCAGCACAGUUUUACGCAGUGGUGCUGUCCACCAUGUCUGGGAAUGAUUUCCACUUGGCCGUUCAGAACCUCAUUAAGUGCGCUAAAGAUAGUAGCCCUGAAACACAGCACGGAGCUUUACUAGCUUUAGGAUAUAUGGUUGGACGCUACUUGAAUAGAAAGAAGAAAGCAGGAUUAAAUAUCCAAGAUAUGGAAGAAUUGGAAGCUGAGGAACCUCUGGAGGACCAGUUACUUCAGUUAACCACUGAAGCAAUUACUUCAUUUUUAGAUGAUGCGUCCCCUUCUCUGGCUUUGGCUGCUUGUGUGGCAAUUGGUGAAAUGGGGAGGAAUGGUGCUUUACCCAUUGCAAAUGAAGGCCCAGGGUUCACAAAACUGCGCUUAGUUGGAAGCCUGUUGGGUAAACUCUCGUUAAGCAAAGAGAGCAACAAGAUGAAAGAACGGGCAGUGCAGACACUGGGUUAUUUGCCAAUUGGAGAUGCUGAUUUUCCUUAUCAAAAGAAACUAUUACAAGGAUUGAUGGACUCUGUUGAGGCAAAGCAAAUAGAGCUGCAGUUCACAGUUGGUGAAGCAAUCACUAAUGCUGCAAUAGGGACUAGCUCACUGGCAGCACGUGAUCUGUGGAUGGUUGCUGAGAGAGAAUACACACCUCCGGAUACUAUUAAAGUAAAUGAUGUUGUUCCAUGGGUACUGGAUGAAAUCCUCAAGAAAUACAUUGUUAGUCCUAAUCCCCACCACCGCCAAGCUUCCUCUCUCUGGCUUUUAUCACUGGUGAGAAAACUGAGUCAACACAAGGAGAUCAAGAGUCAUUUAAAAGAAAUUCAGGGUGCAUUCAUCUCUAUUUUAUCAGAGAAUGAUGAGCUUAGCCAAGAUGUGGCUUCAAAAGGCCUUGGAUUGGUAUUUGAACUAGGCAGUGAACAGGAUCAACAGGAGCUGGUAUCAUUGCUUGUGGACACACUUAUGACAGGAAAAAGGGUUAAACAGAAUCUGUCAGAAAAUACUGAAUUGUUUCAAGGAGGCUCAAUGGGGCAAACCCCUGAUGGACAGGGACUAUCAACUUACAAAGAACUUUGCAGUCUUGCCAGUGAUCUUAAUCAACCUGAUCUUGUUUACAAAUUUAUGAACUUGGCCAAUCAUCAUGCAAUGUGGAACUCUCGAAAGGGUGCGGCUUUUGGAUUCAAUGUCAUAGCAACAAAGGCCGAAGAACAGUUGGCUCCCUAUUUAUCUCAACUUGUCCCACGGCUUUAUCGAUAUCAGUUUGACCCAAAUUCUGGAAUCCGACAAGCAAUGACUAGUAUCUGGAAUGCCCUCGUCACAGAUAAAAGUGCUAUAGAUAAAUACUUAAAGGAGAUCCUUCAUGAUCUAAUAACCAAUUUAACCAGCAAUCUUUGGCGUGUUCGUGAAUCCAGCUGCUUAGCAAUGAGUGAACUAUUGCGAGGAAGAAAAGUGGAUGACAUAAUUGAUCGGCUUGCAGAAAUAUGGGAAACUCUCUUCAGAGUGCGGGAUGAUAUAAAGGAAUCUGUUCGUAAGGCUGCAGAGCAGGCGCUUAAAACCCUGAGUAAGAUCUGUAUCCAAUUGUGUGAACCUUCCAACGGUGCUGCUGGUCAUCGACUUGUUGCAGUGCUCUUGCCUUGCUUAUUGGACAUUGGCAUUAUCAGUCCUGUGGCAGAAGUUCGUUCUAUCAGCAUCAGCACCCUAGUAAAAAUUAGCAAGAAUGCAGGGCCACUUUUAAAGCCUCAUGCAGCAAAACUUAUCCCCACUUUAUUGGAAUCACUUAGUGUACUUGAGCCACAAGUCCUCAAUUAUUUGAGUCUACGUGCCACAGAACAAGAGAAGACUGCUAUGGACAGUGCCAGACUGAGUGCAGCUAAAUCAUCUCCGAUGAUGGAGACUAUCAAUAUGUGUCUCCAAUAUACAGACAUAUCUGUUUUAGGGGAUCUGGUUCCAAAAUUGUGUGAACUGCUUAAGAGUGGAGUAGGUCUUGGAACCAAAGGAGGCUGUGCCCAUGUGGUAGUGUUCUUGACAACCAAGUGUCCUCAAGACUUAAGUCCCUUUGCAGGUAAAUUGAUGAGCGCUGUAUUGUCUGGUUUAUGUGAUCGUAAUAUUACAAUACGAAAAGCUUAUGCUGUUGCAAUCGGUCAUUUGGUUCGGGCAGCACGACCCAGCAGCACAGAAAAGUUAUUUCAAAAACUUAACAUGUGGUAUCUUGAGAAGGAUGAACCAGUCUAUCAGUCAGCUUGUGUACUAACUGUAAAUGCCAUUGGGCGCCACAGCCCCGAUAUAAUCAAGCAGCACGCAGUCUUGUCCUUGCCCCUUGCAUUCCUUGGAAUGCAUGAAAUCCCAGAUGAAGAUAAAGGGGAAACCAGCGACUCUGACCUCUGGAUGGAAGUGUGGCAGGAGAAUGUCCCUGGUAGCUUUGGUGGAAUACGACUGUACAUGCAAGAAUUGAUUGCUAUUACACAAAACGCUCUGCAGUCCCAGUCAUGGAAGAUGAAAGCGCAAGGAGCUGCUGCAAUGGCAUCCAUUGCCAAGCAGCAGACUGGUUCAUUGGUUCCUCCACACUUAGGGAUGAUACUGAACGCACUUUUACAAGGAAUAGCGGGUCGAACAUGGGCAGGAAAGGAGGAACUUUUGAAAGCUGUCGCUAGUGUGGUAACUGCAUGCAGUGCCGAGUUGCAGAAAUCAGUGCCGGACCAGCCCAGUAUUGACACCAUUAUUCAAGUUAUGUUAAAAGAAUGCCACAAAGAAAAUCUCCAGUACAAGAUGGUUGCUUUAAAAUGUAUUGCCAACAUUCUACAAGAGACAAAAGAAGAUUUUUUCCAGGAUUUGGUCGACAUUCUAUUUCCUGUUAUUAAAAAGAGCACAGCAACGGGAUCUUCCAGGAAAGAAGAUAACGAGGAAGAGCAGGAGGAGCCGAGAGAGAAAGAACUACGGAUGGAAUAUCUGCUUUGUGCUUUUGAUACUCUUGGAAAGGCCUGGCCUAGAACUCCGGAAACACAGACUCGGUACCAUGUUGAAUUGUGUCAUUUAAUGUGUGAAAGGCUGAAGCUAAGUACGUGGAAAGUUCAACUAGGGGUGCUCCAAGCAAUGAACACCUACUUCCAGGGUUUACUGCUUCUCAGCCAGGGCAACAAAGACACAAGUGCAUUAUCUGAGAUCUUAAAGGAUACUUUCUCUGCACUCGCCUUCCCAUUAGAAAACAAGAGCUACUCUUCAGUACGGGCAGAAGCUUUAACAAUAUUAGAACUUCUCUUUAAAAAACUUGAGGAGACUAAUCAGUGGGCAACUUUAACAUCUGAAAAGAGGGAUGUAAUUCUGAAGGCUCUAACCAGCAUGGAAUCAGACAACAGGCCAGAACUGAAAGAUAGAGCCUCAGACCUUAAGAAAUGUCUUGCAAGUGUCCCGUAAACCUGCCAUGACCUAUUCUUCAUCUGAAGACUUGACAACCCCGAUUCUUUCUAUCUAGUUUGGAUAUAUUAGACCUAAAAUGUUGCUUCGUAUGUUGUCAGGUUGGCCUGUUUAAGAGUAUAAGUGAAAUGCUGUACCUGCAACUUAGAAAAGGUGCGAGUGUGGUGAAUUCCAUUUUCUGAUGUUGGUUUGUGUGUGCUCGGUUAAUCGUGUUUUGCAGAUUCUCAUAUCUGCACAAGAUGCACAUUAUAUCUCUGUGUCUUGUCUUCCUCCCAUGAAGCAGGAAAUCACAGAGGCGGAGGGCUUUGGUUGUGAAACAUUUAAUGCACUGUGUCAAGCAAUAGUUCAGAGUUGGAGGUGUAAUGAUGAGGUGCACUCAUCAAUUCAGUUGGAGCCAAGUUUAGUGAAGUUGAAUGUUAGUCCAAUUAAUUGCAACAAAAAUACAUUAGAUUAUGUUGAAUUUGAAAAAUGGAAAAAAUAGCUGUCAAAGGUGCAAUGGGCUCCAUUUAUGCCACUGAACACUGUGUUGUGGCAGCAUUUGUAAUAUAAUUAUUGCACAUGGUGGUGCAGUCCAAAAUAACAUUUAGACAUCAAUUAUUUUUUUGCCACUCCAGAAUUGAUUUUAGCAGUUAACUCCUUCCCUUUAGCUGACUAAACAUUUAGCACUUCUUAUUUCAUGUCUGGAUUUCCAUGCUGCUUCAAAGAUUUUAGUACAGUUUUUGCAUCAUUUGAAGUGAGGAAAAAAAUAUUUAAAAAUGUUUUAAAUAUUAUUACUGCCAUGUUAUAUCUUUCUGCACCAUUUCUACUGUGAAAUGGAAGUGGUGUCAGAAAUUAUUUUAAUAGUUCUGAAAAUUCACCGUUGCAUUUUACACUGGGGAUGGGGUUCAACUAGCUAUAUUGCAAAGUAUUUUUGCAGUAUACAUAAAAGUAUUUGAUUUUUAAAGACUCUAUUAGCUCAUUAUCAAGAUUUCCCAUUUCUCUUUACUGUUUCUAAUCUGUUCUCUAGAUAAGCUGAAUUGGAGUUUGUAUAUUUUUAGUAUGUAGAAUAUACGCUGGACUUUUAAGCUGCAAUCUUUCUCCUCCCCCAACCCAAACAAAAAUAACUUUAGACUUCAUGUGUGUUCAGUAAUUUUUUUUUUUUUUUAAACUUCUUAAUACUUUAAGUUAAUUCAUCAAGCUAUGACCAGUUUUCAGUUUCUUCAUUAUAAUCGGAUUUUGAAAAGCAAUCCAGAAGGCUCCCAUCAGAUACUCUUGACAUCUAUGCCAACAGCCCUCCUAACUUUCCAUCAGUGUGGAAUAAUAAAGAGUGCUAGUGCUCAUUUUUUGUUUCAUGUAUGCACUAGAUCAUCAGGAAGUAGUGCAUUAUAACUCUCCUUCCCAUGCAUUAGAUUGUAAGAUGUAUCGUAUGAUUCUGUUGGUCACUUGCACUUUUGCAGGAAUCAAGGGAAACGCUAAAUAAAGUUGAUUCUGAAAUAUUUAGAAAGGCAAAGUGGUAGAAUAGUCUGUGAUCUAGAGCUCAGGGUUUGAUUUUACAUCUGUCCAUUACUCGGAUCAACCAGUUUGUUCCUAAUUAAGAAAUCUGGGUGGAGUAUCUAGCACACAAGAUAGAAGGAUUGGUCCACUGCUUGAAUCCUGGCAUGUGUCAGCCCACUGUAGCUGGUGAAUGAUCUGCAAUGAGACGUUAAAAUAAAUUAUAUAAAUGGUGAUCUUUGUUUGAAGUAUGUUAUUCUUGUAAGUAUGUGAGGGAAAAGGCUUGUAAUUGCUAUUGGGGUUGUCAUUAGUGUUGCAUUGUACAGUCUGUGGCAGUUGGUUUAUUGAUCGAUAUGUCACCUAGGAUGCUCCUCUUGUUUGAGUUCCUGAUAAUUUCUAGCUAAACUUAGAAUGGGGGAGCGAUUGACGCCAGCCACACCCAGAUAGAAAAGUGGCCUUCCUCAAGUUUUCUAUGAAGAAUGAUUGCACUAUUUUGCUAACCAUGAACACUGUACCAUGCCCCAUGUGGGGAAUACUUGCUGCUGCUCCAGCCAUUCACUGGUAAUCCUUUGUACUGAUAACUAAAUUUUGUUCUGCCUAUCAAAACGUGUUCUCAACAGAAUUGUCUGUGUUGGAAAAAAUCUGGAACUUGACUAACAAAGAAGGAAAAAUACCCUAAUUCAAAGUCCAUUUAACUGCUGUAGGGUUGUAUAGUUUCAAAUGAACUUUUAAAUGGAAUUGUAUGAAUGGUGAUGAUUAAUUUACUCAGGUCAGAGUGAACAACUCCAGCCUCCAGUGCCAGGUUAAAUCUUUAUUCUGAAGCUAAAGGUGAGCGUAAGAAUUGUAAUUUCUGUAACAAUCUUAUUUGGCCUUACAAUUGCGCACCUGUAGCCCGCUUGCUUAAUUGGGCACAGUAAGGAUGUACAUUCUUAAUCUACGUUCAUAAAAGCAGUUAAACAUCAGAUGGAUCGGAUUCACUGUGUCAAUGAAUGUCAUUUAGAACUGGGGAGCUGAAAAAAAUUUGAGGAAACUGGUGGGCCCCAUGAAGAAUGUCCAUAUGAAUUGUGCUUGCAUGAUGUGUAUAAUAAAAUUAUGCUUGGUCUUCUGUGAGACAUUGCUUAUGGGUGAGGGAAGGUGUAUACAAACACUUUAACAUUGCCAAAAUCAAUAAAUGCUCUUGUUCUGUUAUAUUA